AUGCAACCGCCCUUGGGAGGGCCCUUUGGGCGCCGUUGCCACUUGGAGGCUCCCGUGUGGUCAGUGGCGCCCGCAGGGACCCUCCCAGGCACAGUGGCUCCCCCAAUGGCUUUUCUAGGGGCAGAGGCGGCCCCAGGGGACCUCCCAGGCCCUCCCAGAGGCGGGGGCGUCCCCAAGUGCACUCCAAGUAGCAACCAUGACCCCAGGGGCACUGCUCGGGGCAGUGACGACCCCAGGGUCCUUCCGAGGAGCUACUAUGCCCCCAAGGGCCCUUCCAGGGGCAGCAGAAACCCCAGGAGCCCUCCCAGUAGCAGUGUUGCCCCCUGGGCCCCUGCCAGGGGCAGCGGCACCCUCUGGGGCCCAUCGAAUGGCAUCGGAGGCCCUCCCAGGGGCGGUGGUGCCCCCAGGGGCCCUCCCAGGGGGCAGCGGCACUCCCAGGGGCAACGGCGCACCCAGGUGGCCUUUCAUGGGGUGGCGGAGUCCCCAGGGGCCCUUCAAGGGGCGGUGGCGCCCCUAGGGGCCCUCCAAGGAGCGAUGGCGCCCCAGGGGCUCUCCAAGGGGUGGUGGCGCCCCAGGUGCCCUCCAAGGGGCGGUGGUGACCCCAGGGGCCCGUCCUGGGGCAGUGACGCUCCCAAGGACCCUGCCAGGGCCGGUGGCUCCUCCAGGGGCCCUUUCAGGUUCAUUGGCACCCCGAGGGGCCACUGA